AUGACACAGUGGAAGGUUAAAUUGACUAAACAAUGGGAUGGACUAGUAGAUCCAUUUUGGAAUGAUAGAUUAUCUCUAUGGGGAAUUCAUGAAAAGGGCAAUGUCAAUAUAUUUAGGUACAUUGAUGGUCGCAAGAUGGGCUCAAUACCACUUAGAUUAAAGUCCAAUGAAGAGAUUUUAACUUGCCAGUUGGAGCCAAAUGAUGGGGAUUUGUUUGCAGUUGUAUUGAGAUCGGGGUCCGUCAAGGUUUAUAAAGGACGACAAGACGUUGACAGUUCAGAUCCAACAGAUGGGGCAGACAUGGUUGGAACUAUUGUCUUAGGUCGUGGUGAAUGGUUUAAUAUGGAACAAUUUGUUUGGAAUCGUAUUAAGUGGAAGUCUAGGGGGGCUUUUAAGGGUGAUUUUGAUACUGUAUUGACGCAAUGGUUGCCAAAGUUAACAGAAAUGAAUGUUAGUCCUCAAGGGAAGCUUACAUGUACACCAUUGGAAUUUGAAGGCCCUGAAUGGAAUGCGAGUCUUUCAGAAAAUGAGUCAAAUAUGUUUUUAACAUAUGACAAUGCUACUAGAAAAGUGAUGGUUUCUAUCGAUGGAACGUUCAACUUUAGGUAUGGUGAGAAGAACAAGUUUCCCACAAAAGUUACCAAUAUACUAUCCGGAAAUGCCAACAACUAUGUGUUUCUAAAUGAUGAAGAUUGGCAAUUACAGAUUAUUAAACUAGAGUUUACUGAAUCACAUCAAAUGCAUGAGCUAAUGAAGUGUUGUUCUCAGAUACAGUUUUUGAUGAAGUAUCUCAGGGACAAUCAUAAAAUAAUUGGAGUGAAGCUCAUGGAGCCACAUGCAACAUUUAUAAAUAGUCUCUUCCCAGAUGAACAGGCAUCAAGGCUUUUGAAAGGAUUGAAGGACGUGUUUUAUCUUGGCUACUCGGCUGAGAAAAAUAUCGAGAAUUGGUUUACAUUGAAAUUAGGUAGACAUGGAAUAAGCAUUUGGAAACAACGCAAUCAUCUAUUUUGGUCAAGCAGCCAAGGAAUCUUAGUCACAUGUAUGAUACCUGCUUGUGAGAGAUUGAUCGUCGCUGUGAAGAGACUACAAGGUUUAAUCAAAAGUCUAAAACUAAAUAUUUUUGGUCUCGAUGAUGAUGAAGAAUUAAUCGCACCAGAGGUAGAUGAACUUUUACAAAUGGGGCUUGAUACUUUGACGGAAAUUGUCAAACAGGUAGAAAAAUUCCACAUUGGAGAAAACAUGUCCAUUGACGGAUUGACAUGGAUCGAAUAUAUGAUAGACAGCUUACUCCGUGGUGAAGAAGAUGACGGAAACAAUAGCAAUGGGCAGGAUUGUGCAUUAUCUAAUGAUGUAGAUGCAUUAGAUACAUAUCCAAAGGAGCAUUACUCUACCCAACUUUUUCUAAACAACUUCGUUUUGCCAACCCAAACUUAUAAGUGGAUCAAAAAUGAUUUCCCAAACAAGUUAGAAAGCCUUAUACGGCAAUUUGAUCUUGUACAAAAGAACUAUACUGCUAAAUGGAUCAAAAAAAUGAUUAAGGUGUCUGGUCCAAUUCGUAAACUUAGAAGUAUAACUGGUCAACGGCUUAAAGAUGCCAUUAUGGAUGGUGAUGUAAUAUACAUGAUUUGUUCCAAAUCAUCCUCUACAACAUCACAAGGUACUGAUCAAGACCAAAGCCGAGAACAGAUCCAAGAGCAAGAUGACCAUCAAGAGGUAGACCAAGAGCAAGACCAACUGCAGGAUCAAGACGAAGAGUUUACUAUUAUCCAAUAUGACUCCACCUCAAAAGAAUUGACUAAGCAACUGAUACCACUUCCAGAGACCCUUUCGUCAAUAGUUAGCAUUAAAUUUGUUCCAGGUGAACCAGGACGUUUUCUAAUGUUAACAGAAGAUGGCUAUCUGAGAAGGUAUCUCGUUAAUUAUUCAAGCUCUCUUGGCAUAAAAGACCCAUCUCGUAUAACAAUAUACAAUGAUCUGAAGAUUUUAAUGGAACCGUCCACCUUAGAGCUGCUGAAUAAGAAUGCUGCCGAAAACAGAAUGAUAGUGCAUUCCGAUAUGGCUGUGACAAUACUAUCCUCUUUUACAAACGAGCAAGGAGUUUUGGAGCCACAUACCUCUUAUUGUCAGCUUGCAGUCCAUCUUAUGUAA